CAUUGAGCGCCGAGUCUACUCCUUAUCUUCUCCUAAACCUGUAAACAGCUGGCACUACUGUGCUCAUGCCUCAAAGAAGUUGCUUUGCCAGGAAGCUAGUGUAGAAGGGGAUGUUUGAUCUUCUUAAAGUGUAUUCUAAAAUUGCUUGCAUUUGCUCGAUUUCGACUAACAUUAUUGAACACACUAGUUAAGCUUCAAUGGGGUCACUCCUGGUACCUUCCUCUUUACACCUUCCAUCACUUUCCCAUAGGUCCUUUCCUAAACUUCAGUCUCAACCUCGACAUAUUAGCCCUCGCCUAUCCCAUUGUGAUCGAUACCUGUUUCGCCUUUCUUUUCAGCCCAUUUUUUCUUGUAAGUCAUUACUAUACAAUCACCAGCCCUUAGCCGUAGCUGCAAAUGCUUCGAGUGAGGGGGUGGUGUCAGUUAUCAAUAUUGAAGAUUUCAAUGAAAAAAAUUGGUCGUUUCUUGAUUCAGAUGAGUUAAAUUCUGAUCAAGCUAAGCAGAAUAUCGAACGCAUCAGAUCCGCCGGAAAUAUAUCAGACACUUCUAGGGUUCUAGUUUCGGUCGGUUCAGAAGGAUUCGUGGAUUAUUUAGUUGAAUCUUCACCUAGUCAACUGUUGCUUGUAGUCCAUGAUUCUAUAUUUGUGUUAGCCAUGAUUAAAGAAAAAUAUGAUGAGGUUAAGUGUUGGCAAGGGGAAUUGAUUUAUGUUCCUGAGAAAUGGUCGCCAUUGGAUGUUGUAUUUCUCUAUUUCCUGCCAGCUUUGCCUUUCGAACUUGAUCAGAUCCUUGCGGCAAUGGCUAAACGUUGUUCAUCAGGUGCGAGAGUGGUGAUUAGCUAUCCCCUAGGAAGGGAAAAGCUAGAGCAGCAACGGAAACAGUUUCCUGACCUUAUAAUUGGAAACUUGCCGGAGAAAAAGCUGUUGCAGAAAGUUGCAGCUGAUCAUUCCUUUGAGAUGACUGAAUUUGUAGAUGAGCCUGGAUUUUAUCUUGCUGUUUUGAAAUUUACCAAGGCAAACAGUUAACUUUGUUUUUUGGAUUUGUACUUAAAACUAUGGUCUUCAUUGUUAAAUCAAAUCUUUGGGUUUUACAGA